AUGUCUCAACAAUACUCCAGCAGUACACACAUAUACACUGAUGCAUCCAAAAAUUCUAAUGGAGUGGGCUUUGCAACAAUCAUAGGUCAUGAAAAUCAUAAAUUCUCACUUCCUCCUAGCACCAAUAUCUACACAGAAGAAACUUAUGCCAUCUUUGAAGCACUAAAAAUCGCCUCCUCCUCAAGUUCAGAUUCUUUCACCAUCAUAGGCGACUCUUUGAGUGCUUUAAUAUCUAUCUCAAAUCCAUACUMCAAGAAUGAACUAGUACAACACAUCCAAAAACUGAUAUCUAUCUCUAACAAAACUUUCUUUUUCAUGUGGGUCCCCUCUCACGUCGGCAUUUCUGGCAAUGAAAGAGCAGAUAAAUUCGCAAAUGAAGCCACACUUCCUCAUAAUGCCUUAAAAAUAAACCUAACUACAUCCUCAGAGUUGCUCGACAUUAUUAACACCAAAAUCUCUGACACAUGGCAAACAAAAUAG